UCUCAUCAUCUUUCGUAGCAGCAGCAACUGUAAAAAAACCAGCCGAGUGAUAUAAGCAUAUGGCACAUGAAAAUGUUAGUUAUUUGCAAGUGUAUCGUCGUGGGUGCUAAUUAACAGGAACGAAGCAGGCGACUGCUCGUACAUUCGGUACGACGGGUGGGAACAGUACUGGCCGGGCUACUUGAUCGGCAACAACACAGUAAUUCAUCCUCGAGUGGUUGACGGUGUUGUUGCUUGUAUUUUUGGCAUACUUAAACAAACAGUACGCGAUAAGAUGUAUACGCAUGUCGCCGUUCACCGGUUUGUAGCGAAGGAGUCUUUCGUUAGGAACAUUAGAUUAUCUUCUCUUUGCUAAUAGAGAAAGUACAUCUUCCAGUAAUGGUUUUCCAUUGUUCGUCUCUCCUUAGCUAACACAACAUGGCGGACGAAUCGCAACCAAAUGGAACAGACGUUGUGGACAAGAUGACCGUUGAAGUGGCCGAAAUGGCUUUGGAUGCAAACGAAACAUCAAAGCAAACCGCUGCAGCAGAACCGGAAAAACCGACCGAAAAUGACGCGAAUGGAGCAGCGGCAAAACCAGCAUCAACAGCGGCCUUUAAGGAACAGUUUAAGGCAUUUUCGAAGUUUGGCGAUACCAAAUCGGACGGAAAACACCUAACGCUUUCGCAGAGCGACAAGUGGAUGAAGCAGGCGAAGGUUAUUGAUAAGAAGAUAACAACCACUGAUACGGGUAUACACUUCAAGAAACUAAAAUCGAUGAAACUAACGUUGGAAGAUUACAACAAAUUUUUGGAGGAUCUUGCAAAAACGAAGAAAGUCGAGCUGGAUGAAAUUAAGAACAAAAUGGCUAACUGUGGCGCCCCUGGUGUUCAUAAUGCAACGCCGGGGAAAGCGGCCGAUACGGUUGCACGCCUUACGGACACUUCCAAAUACACUGGGUCACACAAACAACGGUUCGAUGAAACUGGCAAGGGUAAGGGUAUAGCUGGCCGGAAGGAUCUGGUCGAUCAGUCCGGAUACGUGUCGGGAUAUGGGCACAAAAACACGUACGACAAAACCCAUUGAAAGGUCCGGAGCGUUGGACCGUUGAGCAUAAGGAACAACUCUAGCUGAAACUGAACUUCUUUAGCUGUGCUUCAAUAACGUUAAUGUAGCGUAAUUGUGCAUUGUGCGUUAGCGUUAAGUACGUGUGUAUUGAACGAUCAAUAACCAACAGAACGGCUCGAUAUGAUUUCACAACAUUGUGUACUGUGAGGGUUUAAAUUGCUAAACAAAAAAACGCGCAUCCUUUUCGCGUGGAAACAUGUAUUACAUGAUCAAAAAUGGAUAUAAUCAAAAUCUAACCAUCCUAUAAACAGUUUUUCGUUACAUGGUUUGUUAUUGAAAGUUGUGUUAGUUACACUUUUUACAUAUACAAUUGUUUGAUGUUUGUGUUUGUGUGUGUUUUUUUUUUUACUUUCAUCAUCUACAUAAUGUUAUGUCUAGUCCUUAAACGUAAAUCCAUUAGUGUAAGUUUAAAAUACAUCCAAUUUGUACCGAACCGGAUAGUGGACAGAGAGCAGGAGAGAUAUUCUGAACCAAAAAUACAUAAUUUAAAACA